AUGCAUGCACAGUUAGGAGGAUGGUUUGCAGCUCCUGACGAUGGCCGCAAACUGAUGUGUCUGGACGAGAGGUUCGGGAUCCAAGCAGGAAAGUGCGUUGUCUUGUCCUUCGGGAUAAAUAACGAGUGGUCUUUCGAAGAUGAUGUUGAGAAGUUGGGUUGCAAGGUGUACGCCUUCGACCCCACCAUGGGUAAGGAGGACCACCAGAGGACGCCGAACAUCCAGUUCUUCAAGCUGGGCAUCUCGGACGUCGAAGGAGAAAAGAAGAUCGGCAUGAACCCACUUGUGACAACCUUCAAUUUUGACAAACCAUUCUCUGUCGACCGCUACGAGAACAUCGUCCGGCGCCUGGGACUCGAAGGCCGCGUCAUCGACUACGUCAAGAUGGACAUCGAACUCGCCGAGCUGGACGUCCUGCGCGACCUGCUGGACAACUCGCCUCGCCUCCUCAGGAACAUCAACCAAUUAGCUAUAGAAAUCCAUGAUGAUUAUCGCAUUGGUACUGUCGUUGGGGUUUUACAUGUUUGCAGAGUCUACAAAGGCUUAGAGAGAGUUCAAAUUGAUGUCUUUGUGGGUUUUACGAUUCUUGAAACGUUAAGACUCUACAUUAUUAGUGGAUACGUCAGCAUAAAAGGCAUAAAAUUCUGUGUCAUUUUUACAAGGAGACAAAUGCUUGAUAUAAGAGACAGAGACAAGAGAUUUUGGCCCCAACAGCACCGUAAGGAAAUUCUGGCCAUUUUUCCACAGGCUUCGGUGUCACGGUUUCUCCAUCAUGAUGUCACAAGCGAGUCAACUUUGGCGGGAGGUGGUGUGGGGGAGGGACACUGCUGGCAUCCCCUUGACAGAAUGACGAGUGAUAAGUGA